AAACAGGAGAUCAGUAAAUACCAUGUUGUUUACAAUAAUUGUGUAGGCACAGUGAGCCACUGUGCUUGGCAGGAUCUGUCCCAAAUGCUGAGUUUCCUGAUUACAGGAAAUUCCUACUUACUGUGCUUUCUUUUCUAAAGGUAAGUAAUACCAGGAGUGCUAAUAUUAGCUCUCUACUGCACAGGAUGUUGUUAAGACUUGUAAUGGAAGUGCAACCAAAAAUGAAGUUGGGAAUGACCUUGAAGCCUGUCUUACUGUGAACUCACCAAAGAAGGGUGUAAAACACUCUACUGUUUGCCUUUUGAGCAGCCCAAUUCUAGUAUUGGAAUGGCUAUGAGGAAUUGAGUGCAGUAAAUAUUUGAUGGACCAAAUCAUUGAAUUAAUUGGGAGACCAGAGAAUCAUGUGAGCAUCAUGCAUAUUGAGUGUAGAUUCCUCAUACUGUCAAUCUCUCCUGGCCUUCACUACACACACAUUUGAGGAUAUUUUAGGUCUCAGUGACCUUUGAGGAUCUGGCUGUGAACUUCACCCAGGAGGAAUGGGCUUUGCUGGGUCCAUCCCAGAAGAAACUUUACACAGAUGUGAUGCAGGAAGUCCUCGGAAACCUGGCUUUUAUAGGAAACAAAUGGGAAGAGAAGAACAUUGAAGAUCAGAUCAAAAAGUCUGGGAACAAUCCAAGGCAGAUCACAUCUCACUCUGGACACAAACAGUACAAGCAUGAGGAAUGUGAAGAAAAUCCAUGUGAAUUUAAACAUGGCAGGAAAUCUCUGGUUUCUCUCAAAAGUGUUCAAACACAAAUGUUAACACAAGCUGGAGAUGGACAUUAUAAAAGUACAGUAUGUGGGAAAGUCUUCAGUCGUUCCAGUUCCAUUCAAAGACAUGAAGAAACUUCUACUGGAUGGCAACCCUAUGAAUGUAAACAACGUGGAGAGGCCUUUUCUUCUCUCACAGGGGUUCAAGGACACAUGAUAACACAUAGUGAAGAUAAAACUUUUAAGUGUAAGGUAUGUGGAAAAGCCUUUCAUUUUCCCUCUUUAUUUAGAAGACAUGAAAGAAUACAUUAUGGAGAGAAACUCUAUGAAUGUAAACAAGAUGGUCAAACCUUUAUUUCACUCACAAAUCUUCACAGUCACAUGAUCAUGCACACUGAGAAUGCACGUUUUAAAUGUAAAGUAUGUGGGAAAGACUUUGCUUAUCCCAGUUUAUUUAGAAUGCAUCAGAGAACGCACACUGGAGAGAAACCCUAUGAAUGUAAGCAGUGUGGCAAAGCCUUCGCUAAGCCCUCUACCCUUCACUUACAUGAACAAACGCACACUGGAGAGAAACCCUACGAAUGUAAGCAGUGCGGCAAAGCCUUUGCUAAGUCCUCCACCCUUCACUCCCAUGAACAAACUCAUACUGGAGAGAAGCCCUAUGAAUGUAAACAAUGUGGAAAAUCUUUUGCUAGAUCCAGUCAGCUUCACAUACAUGGAAGAACACAUACUGGAGAGAAGCCCUAUGAAUGUAAGCAGUGUGGCAAAGCCUUCACUCAGUCCUCUCACCUUCACUCACAUGAAAAAACUCAUACUGGAGAGAAACCCUAUGAAUGUAAACAAUGUGGAAAAGCUUUUGCUACAUCCCAUCAUCUUCACAUACAUGGAAGAACACAUACUGGAGAGAAGCCCUAUAAAUGUAGACAAUGUGGAAAAGCCUACACUACUUCCUCUUACCUUCAAAUACACGAACGAACUCAUACUGGAGAGAAGCCUUAUGCAUGUAAGCAGUGUGGCAAAGCCUUCACUCAGUCUUCUACCCUUCACUUACAUGAGCGAACUCAUACUGGAGAGAAGCCUUAUACAUGUAACCAGUGUGGAAAAACCUUUGCUAGAUCCAGUGACCUUCACAUACAUGAAAGAAUGCAUACUGGAGAGAAACCCUAUGAAUGUAAACAAUGUGGAAAAGCCUUUGCUAGAUCUAGUGACCUUCAGAUACAUGGAAGAUCACAUACUGGAGAAAAACCCUAUAAAUGUAAACAAUGUGGAAAAGCCUUUGCUAGAUCCAGUCACCUUCACAUACAUGAACGAACUCAUAUGCAGAGAAAUCAUACUAAUGAAAACAAUUAGCAAAGUCUUCUGUUUUUACUGCUGCACUCAUAAACACGUAGGAAGUUUACUGGAGAAAAAUCCUUGGAAUGUAAAUUGUGGUAACUCAAUAUUCCUUGUCAAUUUCAAAGACUAGAAAGGACUCACACUGCAGAAUAUUUUUUGGGGGUCGGGGGGUGAUUUAGUCCAGUGGUGCUCUACCACUGAACCAUAAUCCCCAGUUCUUUUUACUAAGUCUCUGGGAUUACAGGUGCAUACCACCAUGUUAACUCUUUAAAUGUGAAAAUUUGGCAACUCAUUCCAUUUUCCCAGUUGUCUUCAAAGCCAUUUCACUCACACUGGAAAAAAACUCCCUGAAUGUGUGAUGUUUCAUUUUUCUUCUCAUAUAUGGAAAUACUCAUGGAGAGAAGCCCUGUGAAUGUGAGAAAUGUGGGACACCUUCUAGUUUUACCAGUUUCUUCUAAGGACUGAGAUGAUUCUUAUUGAAUGAUUCAUGCAAAAAUAAAUAAAUCCUAUUCAAGUAAGAAAUGUAAAGCCUUCAGAUAUUCCAGUUUUGUUCAGUUGUAUGAAAGGACUCAUACUGUAAAAAAACCCUAUGGAUAAGCAAUGUGGGGCAGUAGUCAACUUUCACAGUUUCCUUCAAAUGUCGUGGGCAAGUCACUCAGAAAAUACUGAGUCCCAGUUUUGUCCAAAUUGAAGAGUUUUUAUUUCAACCAGCCAGGACUUCUUGUUACAGGACUAAGUUAUCUCUGCAGGAAAACAGCCUAGAAUCUCAACAUUUUAGGAUAUAUAAAGGCAAAAACCUCAUCCAGGUUGACAGAGCAACCAGCAAGCAAGCAAGCAUGCAAACAGUAAUACAAAAUCUGAAUAAAGUCAGUAGUGAAACAAUGCAAUGCUCAUAAUCAUAUUUUUAUUCUCAUUUAGUAUUUGUCAUGGGAUUUUCUAUAAUCAUAAUCAAAAGAGAAAUGGAUCAAAGUGAUCCUAGUUAAGUACAAUUAAAGAAUGGCUACUAACUUCUAAUUAAUUAUUCCCCGAUAAGAUAUAUUGCCCAAAGAGAAAAAUGGGAACCAAAGAGACCAAUUUCCCAUUGUUUAAAAAUUGCUAUUUAAUGUUGCCAAAUAUGCUGUGCUAGGCAAAUUAGUAAUGGAUACAGAGGUGGGGUUUUCCCAUGGGAGAAGAAUUUCUUUCAUGAUAAGGAGUCUGUUUGAUCAUUUCCAUAUAGCUGGCCCAUAACAAAAAGAUAUAAAAGGGUUCGCAUCAGGGAAAAUCCUUCUGCCCUUUAAAAAAUGUGGUAACAUGUUCAACUCUCUAGGUCUCUUUGAACAGCAUGGAAGAACUCAUGCUAGAAGAGAAAAGCCUUGUAUGUAGAAAUGUGGGGAGACCUUCAGUUGUUUCAGAUCCAUUUAGACUGGAAGGAAUUUUUUUUUUUUUUUUUUGUACCAGGGAUUGAAC